ACACUUCUGCUUUUCAGGCCUUAAGUACCCUCAACCCUGGUGAAGAUGGACACAACAGACUUGAACCUGAGCUGAGCAGCCUGCAGAGAAGAGAGAGAGUUGAUUUAUCUAUUUAUUGAACUUUUAUUGUACCAUUUGAGUCACUGGCAUUUAGGGUAAAGAUGGUGACCUGUGGAACUCUGGUGAAGAUCUGGACAUUAGCCGUCGUCAUAGCAGCACUGGGCUGUACUGGGACAGUAGAUGGAGAAAAGCUGGUGUCGUGCUGUAAGACAGUGUCUAGGACAGAGAUGACCGAUCCCAUCACAGGCUACUGGAUUCAGAACUAUAACGCUCCUUGUGUACGGGCCGUCAUCUUUGAGACGGAGAAGGGUCUGUUCUGUAGUUACCAUAAACAACCCUGGGUACGCCGCAAGAUUCAGCAGUUUGAAAUGGCCCGUCUGAGCUCAACAUUUCUCUCGCUCUCCUUUCCGACCUCUCUCACCUCCACCUCCACCCCUACCACUACCUCCUUACCCUCCUCUCCGACCUCUCUCACCUCCACCUCCACCCCAUACCAGUACCUCCUUACCCUCCUCUCCGCCCUCUCUCACCUCCACCUCCACCCCAUACCACUACCUCCUUACCCUCCUCUCCGACCUCUCUCACCUCCACCUCCACCCCAUACCAGUACCUCCUUACCCUUCUCUCCGACCUCUCUCACCUCCACCUCCACCCCAUACCACUACCUCCUUACCCUCCUCUCCGACCUCUCUCACCUCCACCUCCACCCCAUACCACUACCUCCUUACCCUCCUCUCCGACCUCUCUCACCUCCACCUCCACCCCAUACCACUACCUCCUUACCCUCCUCUCCGACCUCUCUCACCUCCACCUCCACCCCAUACCACUACCUCCUUACCCUCCUCUCCGACCUCUCUCACCUCCACCUCCACCCCAUACCACUACCUCCUUACCCUCCUCUCCGACCUCUCUCACCUCCACCUCCACCCCAUACCACUACCUCCUUACCCUCCUCUCCGACCUCUCUCACCUCCACCUCCACCCCAUACCACUACCUCCUUACCCUUCUCUCCGACCUCUCUCACCUCCACCCCAUACCAGUACCUCCUUACCCUCCUCUCUGCCCUCUCUCACCUCCACCUCCACCCCUACCACUACCUCCUUACCCCCAUCUCCUCCCUCUCUCACCUCUUGUCCUCCCUCUGUUUUCUCCUCCUUUCCCUGCUUCCCCCUCUUUUCCAUCCGUACCUUCCUCUCACACUCUCUCCUCCCUAUCUCCUCUCCUCUCUCCUCCCUAUCUCCUCCUCUCCUCCCUCUAUCUCCUCUCCUCUCUUUUCCCUGCCUCCUCCUCUCCUUCCUCUCACACCUCUCUCCUCCCUAUCUCCUCUCCUCUCUCUAUCUCCUCUCCUCUCUUUUCCCUGCCUCCUCCUCUCCUUCCUCUCACACCUCUCUCCUCCCUAUCUCCUCUCCUCUCUUUUCCCUGCCUCCUCCUCUCCUCCCUCUAUCUCCUCCUCUCCUUCCUCUCACACCUCUCUCCUCCCUAUCUCCUCUCCUCUCUUUUCCCUGCCUCCUCCUCUCCUCCCUCUAUCUCCUCCUCUCCUUCCUCUCACACCUCUCUCCUCCCUAUCUCCUCUCCUCUCUUUUCCCUGCCUCCUCCUCUCCUCCCUCUAUCUCCUCCUCUCCUUCCUCUCACACCUCUCUCCUCCCUAUCUCCUCUCCUCUCUUUUUCCUGCCUCCUCCUCUCCUCCCUCUAUCUCUUCCUCUCCUUCCUCUAACUCUUCCUCUCCUCCCUCUUUCUCCUCCCCCCGUCAUCGGGAAUCGACAAGAAUGCCUCAACUCAGCAGUCAACAUCCAACCAAUA